AUGGCGGACGACACGAUCAUGCCCCCGUCGCUCUUCCAGCGGACGUGGAACACAACCGAGGUGGAUGGCCUCGUCGGCCUGCAGCUGAGCCUGCCAGGCCGCGUCUUCAUCACGCGCCGCAGCAACCCGAGCCUCUCAACGCCGGCGGCCGAGGUCGUCCUGCGCAGCAACGCAAGCGACCUUAUCGACUUGAUCACGGUGCAUGUCGUCAAUGGCACGUACACGUCGACGAUCCACGACUGGAAAAUGCAAGUGUCCAAAGACGAUCCGAUUCUGAAGCUCAGCGUGCGCGACACGUCGACGCGGGUCCAGGGCACGCUGCUCGUGCACAUCAUCCUGAACAGCCCGGUCCGGUCCGUCUCGACGUCGGCGCAAACGAUCCUGGGCCAUGGCACGCUGCUGGACGAUGCAUCCGCGGAGGCCAUCGACAUUGCAGCGUACGGCAACGAGAACGUCUGGAUCGAGUCGACGGGGCCCGUCGCUGUGAAAGGCCUUACGCUCAACGCGUAUGGCUCGGGCAACAUUCAGUACACGGUACCGCACUUGACGCUGGGAAACACUUUGGAUCUCAACGUCUUUGGCAUCGGGUCGGUCGUCGUCGAGGCCGCGGAGGCGUUUGUCGACUCGGUCGAGUCGACGGUCGGCGGCCAAGGCUCGAUCUUUGUCCACGGCAAGUACGCGGUCGCAGACAUGGCCAGCCAUAUUCUCGGCUCCGGCUCCAUCAACUAUUACCCGUACGGCAAGUGCGGCAAGAGCAAGGUCGAUAUUGUCGGCGUCGGCAACAUCAACGCCGGGUCCUGGGUCUGCCUCCGAGCACACGCGUCCGUGCUCGGCUCGGGCAAGGCCAUCGUGCAGGUCGUCGACGUGCUCGAUGUUUCCGGCAUUGGUCGCGGCCACAUCGAGUACUUUAACGAGACGCCCUCAACGCUACCGCGCGGCAAGACGGGCCUUUUGAGCGGCCCACGGGUCGAAAUCGCACUGAUCAACACGUACCAGACGUUUGUGCCGCUGGCGACGCCGCCCCGCGAAGCCAUCUUUGUCUCGGUGGGCCCGGCCAACGCGGGCUGGUUCCUCCCGUCGUCGGCGACCACGAGUUUCUACGGGGUUUCGCAUUCGCGGUUCUUCUACUAG